GGGCUCCGUGUUUUCUUUCUUUUUGUUGUGGUUUUUUAUUUUUAUUUUUAAUUGCGUCCUUUUAUUUUGUAAAGUCAUGUUAACGAAGGGUUCCAGAAGAUGAUGUUGUUGGCACAGACCGUUAUUUGGGGUUUGUGUGUGGGGGUUUUAUUGGGAUAUUGCUGGCAGCAGCAAACUGAGACCCUGAACGGUAACUGGAAGCUGAGGAACUCGAACAGUUCUCUCAGUUUGUCUGCAGAGGUUCCUGGUUGUGUUCACUCUGCUCUGCACCUACACGGAUACAUCCAGGACCCCUAUUUCAGGUUCAAUGAUGUUUCUUAUCAGUGGAUUUCCCUUGACAACUGGACAUAUGUGACCACAUUUUCUGUGCCCAGCCACCUCAGAUCCAAGCAGAAAGUGCUUCUUGUCUUUGAUGGUGUGGACACUGUAGCGUCCCUUUGGCUCAAUGGAGUACUUGUGGGCAGCACAGACAACAUGUUUCGCAGAUAUGACUUCCCAAUCAGAGACUUGCUGACAGACGGGGCUAACGAGCUGGAGGUUCAUUUGCUGUCUCCUGUCCUAUAUGCAGCUGAAAGGAGGAAAGCCCAUUCUGCCUACAGGGUUCCUCCUGAAUGUCCUCCAGAAGUUCAGAAGGGGGAAUGUCAUGUCAAUUUCAUCCGGAAAGAGCAGAGCUCAUUCAGCUGGGACUGGGGUCCUUCUUUCCCAACACUGGGGCUAUGGAAGGGAGUUCAUCUAGAGGCGUUUGAGAUUCUGCAGCUCAUCCAGGUUUCCUGUGUUCCUCUUUACAAUGUUGGCCUUGCGCAGUGGAGAGUCCAGGUUGAGUUAUUUGUUGAUGCAGUUCAGACAAUAAGCCUAGACGUCUCCCUGUCCAUACCUGAUCUGGGAUCAGAGCAGACACUGAAGGCACAGUUUCUGCCUGGAAAAUCCAAGAACAUUUUCAUUUUGCAUGUAAACACGAGUAACCCAGUGAAGCUGUGGUGGCCUAAUGGAUACGGUAGCCAACCCUUUUACAACCUCAUUAUCAAAAGCUUCCAGGAGAGAUUAUUAAUCCUGAGUGCAGAGUCCAAGGUGUAUUUUCGUUCAGUGGAACUUGUCCAGGAGCCCAUCGUCGGCUCUUCAGGACUAAGCUUUUAUUUCCGCGUGAAUGGCAAACCAAUUUUCCUGAAAGGCUCCAACUGGAUUCCAGCCCACUGUUUCCAGGAUAAAGUUAACUCUGCUACUUUAAACAACCUUUUGCAGUCAGCUGUGGAUGCUAACAUGAAUGUACUCAGGGUUUGGGGAGGAGGAGUCUAUGAGCAAGAUCUAUUCUACAACAUCUGUGAUGAGAAAGGAAUCAUGGUUUGGCAGGACUUUAUGUUUGCCUGUGCUUUCUAUCCCACGGACGAUGACUUCAUAAAGACUGUGAGAGAAGAGGUGACCGAACAGGUUCGGCGGCUGAAGUCUCAUCCCUCUGUAGUCAUUUGGAGUGGGAACAAUGAAAAUGAAGCAGCUUUGGCGAGAAACUGGUUUAGCAUCCCGCUUUCACAGAAGCCUCUGUAUGUCAAAGAUUACGUGACACUAUAUGUGUCCAACAUAAGGACAGUCGUCCAAGAGGAGGACCAAAGUCGUCCGUUUAUUGCCUCUAGUCCAACAAAUGGAAUUGAAUCUGAGUGGGAGGGAUGGGUGGCAGCGAAUCCGUACGACUCUCACUACGGGGACACACACUUCUACAGCUACGUCCACGACUGCUGGGAUUGGAGGAGUUUACCUCGACCCCGUUUUGCCUCAGAGUACGGCUUUCAGUCCUGGCCGUCAUUUUCCACUCUGCAGUCGGUUUCUGUCAGAGAAGACUGGAGCUACGACAGUAAUUUUACUUCCCAUCGGCAGCAUCAUGAGGACGGGAACCUGCAGAUGUUAAAACAGGCUGCUUUACAUUUCCACCUGCCAAACUCCACAGAUCCUCUCAAAAGAUUCACAGACACUCUCUACCUCACUCAGGUCAUGCAGGCCCAGUGUGUAAAGAUUCAGACUGAAUUUUAUCGGAGAAGUCGUAGUGAGAUCAUUGAUGGCAAAGGUCACGCAAUGGGUGCCCUCUACUGGCAGCUCAAUGAUAUUUGGCAGGCACCAUCCUGGUCUUCAAUCGAGUUUGGUGGUAAGUGGAAAAUGCUGCAUUAUUUUGCACAGAAUUUCUUUGCUCCCAUUCUGCCUGUUGGCUUUGAGGAUGAUGACACGUUGCUUAUCUACGCCGUCUCGGACCUGAUUCAGGACCAGAAACUCAGAGCUGUGUUAUUGGUGUACUCAUGGGGUACACUGGAUCCUGUGUGUACAUUGAAUUCCGAUUGGCUUCUGGUUCCCGGGGGCAGCGCUGUGGCCAUUUUCAAACAGUCAGUUACCACCCUACUGGCAGGAUGUGGGCACUGCACCCGGCUCACCUGCCUUGUCACCUUUCACCUGGAGGACGGCAGUGGUCAGCAAGGUCCCACCAACCACCACUUCCUGUGCUCGCCCAAAGAUGCUCAGGGGCUUCAAAGACCCAACAUGACAGCUAAUGUGCAGCGGGAUAACACGACAUACACGGUGACUCUUCACUCUGCGUCUGUCUCUCCCUUUGUCUGGCUCGACGUGGGAAACGUCCCCGGGCGGUUCAGCUCCAACGGCUUCCUGAUGGUUUCAAGAAACAUGACAGUCCAUUUUCAUGCGUGGCGGCCCACGAGCAUUGCAGAACUUUCCAGAUCCCUCACCAUCACGUCGUUACAGGACAUAUACUGAUCACAAAGCACCCAGCCUCUGUGUAGCUCCAUAAGCACAUGUUCAGCCAAGUGUCCUUU